AUGAGUCCGGCUUCCGGUACUUUGAUGCCGUUCCUCUACCCAUGCAUGUUUCAAUCCGCCACACUAGCAACACGAGCCCGAUCUUGCCUCAUCUCCACGAGGAUCCGGCGGAAUCUACUACAUAGCAGUACUCGACAAUCCCAGCCUUCGCUUGCCGAGAUAAAUGCUGCCCGACGGAGUGCGGCAUACUCAGAGGUUCCAGAAGUACUGCCCUCCCCGAAGGGCACUUCACGCCUCAAUCCCACCCCUGACGACUACGCACGCAAUAUUUUCGUCGACAAAUGCUACCUGACUGUCCACGCCGGCGGAGGUGGAAAUGGGUGUGUAUCAUUUCAUCGUGAUGUGUAUAUUCCCGAUGGGCCGCCCAAUGGAGGUGAUGGAGGGUCAGGGGGAAAUGUUUGGAUACAGGCAAUAACGGAUGAAACCAGCCUACAUAAGAUUGCCCGCCGAGGAAUUGUGAAAGCAGAACGAGGUAUUAGCGGCAUGGGUAAGAGUCAGGGCGGACGGAAAGGAGAUGAUAUCUGCAUUCAAGUACCGGUGGGAACGGUGGUUAGAGAGGUCUGGCGCAGCGAUCCAGUGACAGAGGAGGAGGAACUCCUCAAGGACCUACGGCUCGCAGGCGUGGAAGAUCCCCUCGCAAAUCCUACCGAGCACGGAUUGCGUGAUAAGUGGAUUCUCUACGCUGGGUGUACAACCAGUGAAGCGAGAGGUGUCAAGGACGGACUUCCACCUGCACAGAAGGCUAGGAGGAGUCAUCUAACGGUACUGCAGCCGAUGGCCCCCAUCAAUUUGGACUUGGACAAAGCGAUGGAGAAGCCACAACUUCUCAUCGCUGGCGCAACAGGCGGUCUGGGAAAUCCGCAUUUUGUCACCAAGGAGGAACCGAAACCAAAGUUCGCAACGAAAGGCGAACUCGCCGUUCGUGUCAAGUUCGAACUGGAGCUCAAAUUACUUGCGGAUGUGGGCUUGGUCGGGCUGCCGAACGCCGGCAAAAGCACCUUUCUCCGCGCCAUCAGUAAUUCACGUACACGAAUUGGAGAUUGGGCCUUCACGACCUUGGAACCGACGAUCGGUACUGUGAUCCUUGACAACAAUGAGGGCCGACCACUCAUCAAAUCCGGGAUUGAGGGAGAAGCGCCACGCACUAAUUUCACAAUCGCCGAUAUCCCUGGUCUGAUCGAGGAUGCACAUCUAGACAAGGGCUUAGGCCUAGGGUUCCUACGUCAUAUCGAGCGCGCCCGUAUCCUCGCUUUCGUGAUCGACCUCAGCGCAGGCGAUGCUGUGACGGCGCUGAAGAAUCUGUGGAAGGAGGUUGGCGAGUAUGAAAGUCUACGCAAUACGGAGGUCAAUGAACAGACAGAGACUCGCGCCGUCGCCUGGUCGCCAUUCGACAUCAGCUCUGGACCUACUUCACCUUCCCAUUCCCAAACAAAAGCCUUAAACGAUGACGGCGAAGAGAUUCCUGUCUUCCCACCUCCAUCCGCUUCCCCCAAAAACAGCUCUGGGCGCCACAGCGACAAUCGCAUCCUUGAACCACUGCGCUUCCCACCGAUCUCGUCGAAGCCCUGGUUCGUGAUCGCGACCAAAGCCGACAAGGAGUCGGCCGUGACGCAGAAAGAGUUCUUCGCCUUGCGCGACUAUGUGGCUGGUGUGGAGAACGGCUCGAUCGAGCAUCCCAGCGGGAAACAAAAUGCCUGGCGGCAGGCUUGCGCCACUAUCCCCGUCUCUGCAAUCAAUAACCAGGGCGUCGAUAAGGUCAUGCGCUUCACGGCCGGCUUGUUGGAUAGUAUGCGCGUGGCUGGUCGGUAG